CACCGCUCUACUCCAUUAUCACUUUGCCGGCCCCUCUUGCCUUGCCUUUUCCCUAAACUGUACUUCUAUACUGCCUCUGCACCCCCUCGCAUCCUCCAUUUUUACCUGUGCACAGCCGUCCAGGGCAACUAACUCUUUAUGAUACGCAUCCGGAGCUCGACGACACGGCUCCUUCGUUGGUACUGGGUGGUCACACUGCUGAUAGGCGAGAUAUUUCUCUACUACUGGCAUGUUCAGUCGUGCAGGUGGCCGACAUCUGCUCAGAAGGGCGGUGUCGAGCCUGCCCGCGUUGCUAUUGUCGCUGACCCGCAAAUUGUCGACCACUACUCGUACAACCAGACAGGGGUCCUUCUUCGCGUCGUCGAGUUCUUCACCGACAUAUACAUCAAAAAGUCGUACAUCUUCUUGCAAAUGCUACGAGAGCCAGAUACAGUCAUUUUCCUGGGAGACCUGAUGGACGGCGCACGCGAGUGGAACGACAGUGACUGGCAUGAAGAGUAUGACAGGUACAAAGCAUUGUUCCGCAAUCGGAGUCCUGGUAGCAUGAAGGUGUAUGACAUGGCAGGGAAUCACGAUAUCGGCAUUGGCAACACUGUUGUUGACAGCGCGCUGGAGCGCUUCCACAAAUACGUGGGCCCGACAAACCAGGUCCUGCACAUUGCAGACCACGAAGUCAUUUUGCUCGACACGCUGACACUCGAGAGCGACCUGGGCCGUGUCAACCGCUCCAGCCGUGAUCUGGUCGAGCGCCUGGCAGCAGCCCCGGCCAGCAGCCCACGCCUGUUGUUCACACACGUGCCUAUGUGGCGGCCGGCAGAGACAUACUGUGGGCCGCUGCGGCAGGCAAGCACAAAAUACCUGAAAAACCGCCGUGGGUACCAGUUCCGCGACCAGCUGUUCCAGAACACGACCGAAUACCUGCUUGAGUCGAUAGCGCCCACCGCGGUGUUUAGCGGCGACGACCACGACACGUGCACUAUCCAGCACCCGACACAUAGAGGCAAAGCAGCGACAGAGUACACCAUUGGCGCGUUUGGGUGGGCCAGCGGCGUGCCCAUUGCGAGCUAUGGCCUAAUGACCCUGUAUCCGGGCGACAACUCCACAGGCAGGGCGCCAGAGUUUUAUGUCACCAACUGCUACUUGCCCUACCAGCUCGGCAUCUACAAGGUGUAUAUUGCGAGCUUUGUGCUGUCGCUGCUGGUGGUCGUUGCUGUGUGCUACUGGGAAACGCGCGGGCUGCGGCAGUGGUGGCACUCCAAGCAAGGAAGCGAUGCAGAGUAUAUGCCUGUCAGGCUUCCGCCUCCUACUUCUUUAGACAGGCAUCCAAGACACUGGGGCAUGCACGGGCUAGUGCGUAAGGUGGGCAUCACAAUGCGCGACGUUGCCGUUGUUGCACUGCCCACGUACAUUGCGUGCCUAGCAGUCUACUAUAUUGUUUAGUUGCAGUCGGCAGCAUGAGCUCUAAUCCAUACCCAUGAGCCGAGAGGGCAGGCCGUGCAUAUAAAGGAAAUGCCAGAAUGUGCGUAGACUGUGCAGUCUAUGAGGACAUGUUCUGAUACCAGCACUUGCUUUUGCAGCCAGUGCCAUUGCUGCAUACCAGUCACUAGUUUCAAAUGUACCCUUUGCCUCCGUACCAUAUGGACCAUCCAGUCAUCCACCAAGUCCUGGAUCUGCUUGUUGCCAGCCGCAUUUGAGAUCAACAUUUGUUAUUUUAAACACGAAACGAGAGGAUAUAUGGAAAGG